AUGAGAGAUUUAUGUAGAAGUUUGGAUGUUGUUAACAUCGUGUUGAAGCUGCAAUUAGGUUCAAUUAAAGUAUCAUUUCAGAAAAUUAUUGCCAAUAUUGAGCAUCGGUAUAACACUUCAUUUUACUCUAGAUUGCACGGUUUUGUUUCAAGACAAUAUAUACAAUACAUUGGAAAGGAGUUGGAAAGGAUAAAAUUUGUUGGUUGUGACAAAGAAGCAUGUAGUUGCUUUACUAGAACAACAUAUGGGUUACCUUGUGCGAGUGAAUUUGCAGGUUAUCAAAUACAAGGAGAGGUUAUUCUGUUAGAAUCAAUAUAUGCGUUUUUGAAGAAAUUAUUCAUUGAAGCGCAUGAGGUCAUUGAAGAACAAAGUGGGACACAGUUCGAUUUAGAAGAAGAAUGUGAAGAUCUGAAGAAGUAUUUCGGUAUACUAGAUAUUGUAGGCCAUAGGGUUAUGAAGAAGAAAGUGUGGGAACUAACACAUUCAUCCACAACUUCCAUGUGUCCACCAUCAGUGAAAUACAAGCCAAAGAAGGAAAAUAAUAAGAGUAAAAAGGGUGAAAAGAGUAGUGUGCAUCGUGAUCCUUCACAGUGGGAGUAUGUUGAGGACUCGCAGGGAAGUAAAACUUUACUUGGAUGGGGCGAAGAGUCUUCGUCUUUGGUUUGGACGCAUCUAGAUACUAAAGUUUAUCAACACUAUCAAUUGUAUUCCAAUUUGCUAUAUGACAUAAUACCAAAAGUAAAGAGUGUGUUGCCGGUAGCUAGCUUGGGUGUGCAGGGUCGUCAAAAAUGGAUGAUGAUUCCCGAUAUGGGUUACCCUAUUGCUUAUAGAUACAGUGUUAUAUUGGUCUUGUUGUCAAAGAACCUUAAUGUCACAUUCUUUCCAUUAGUGAUAGCUCAAUGCAUAGCUUCAAGUAGACACGAAAUGAUUGCAGUUGGUUUUGUUAACAAUAAUCAUUGA